GGACAGAAACCCCACCAAAACCACCCGGAACCGAGCCAAAAGCCCGGUGGCCCCAUCGCCCUCGGCCACGGCCGGCCCCCACCAUAAAGUCGCCACGGCCAGUGCCGGUGCUGCCGCAGCGGGCGUGGCGGCAACAGGAACCGCGGCCCGCACGCAUCGAAGCCGCUGCGGUGGUCGCUGCGGGGCUGCGGUGGUGGGCUCUGGCUCUGGCGCAGGGGCGUGGGGGACGGGCACUGCCCAGCCUCGGCGGGAGCGGCGCCUCAGGGCUCAGGGGGGACAAGCGCAUUAAUGCCACUGCCGCCUCCGCCGAUUUAACUGCCCCGCCUCUAUCGCCCUCACGGCCACACCUGUACCUGUACACCGUCCGCUUCUUCGCUUCGGAGUCGGAGGUUGCUGCUGCCUGCCUGCCUGCCAUUAACGUGCCCGUUCGUCGCGGGUAGGCCGACGGACGGACGGACCCCAGAAGGAGUAGGCGGGAGAGAGAGAGAGAGAGAGAUGGGGAUUGAUCUCAACAGCGUGGAGGAGGACGAGCAGGCGCCGGCGGGCGCGGUGUGCUGCGGGGAGCUGUGGCACGCGUGCGCGGGGGCUGGGGUGGCGCUGCCGCGGCGGGGCAGCGCCGUGGUGUACCUGCCUCAGGCGCACCUCGCGGCCGGCGGCGACGGUGGGGAGCUGCCGGCCCUUGCGGCGGCGCCGCGCGUGCCGCCGCACGUGGUGUGUCGCGUCGUCGACGUCGAGCUACGCGCGGAUGCGGCGACGGACGAGGUCUAUGCGCGGCUUGCGCUGGUGGCGGAGGAUAAGAUGUUUGGCCGAAACAUCCAUGAUGGUGAAACUGAAGAGAAGGAUGGUGAGAAAGAGGAUGGUGAUGGAGAAAAGCUCACAUCGCACAUGUUCUGCAAGACACUCACAGCUUCUGAUACAAGCACUCAUGGGGGAUUCUCUGUUCCUCGGCGGGCUGCAGAGGACUGCUUUCCACCAUUGGACUAUGAGCAGCUUAGGCCUUCCCAAGAGCUUAUUGCCAAGGAUUUGCAUGGCAUGAAAUGGAGGUUCCGUCAUAUCUAUAGAGGUCAACCUCGUAGGCAUCUUCUGACAACUGGAUGGAGUUCAUUUAUUAAUAAGAAGAAACUAGUCUCAGGGGAUGCAGUCUUGUUUCUGAGAGGUAGUGAUGGCGAGCUAAGAUUGGGUGUGAGGAGAGCAGUUCAACUGAAAAAUGAAGCUCUACUUGAAGCUGUCAACUGUACUGAUUCGAAGCUACUUAUGCUGUCUGCUGUGGCCAGUUCUUUGGACAAUAGAAGUAUAUUUCACAUCUGUUUCAACCCAAGGAUUGGUGCAUCAGAAUUUAUUGUGCCAUAUUGCAAGUUUUUGAAGGGCUUGAACUAUCCUUUUUCAAUUGGAACCAGAUUUAAAGUUGGCUGCAAGAAUGAAGAUGCUAACGAGAGGUCCUUUGGAUUGAUCUCAGGUAUUAGUGAAGUUGAUCCCAUACGCUGGCCUGGAUCAAAAUGGAAAUCUCUCUUGGUAAAGUGGGAUGGUGAUACCAAGUACAGCCACCAGAAUAGAGUAUCUCCAUGGGACAUCGAGAGAGUUGGCAGCUCAGUUUCAGUUACUCACUGUCUUUCAUCUUGUGUUUCGAAGCGAAUGAAGUUGUGCUUCCCCCAAGGCAAUUUGGACGCUCCAAUUCUAGAUGGAAAUGGUCGUCCAGACUCUGUGGGAACUGAAGGUUUCCACCAGGUCUUGCAAGGUCAAGAAUUGGUGAGGGUUCAUGGUGCUGCAUGCUCUCAUUCAUCAGAUACCCCCAGAUGUCAAGGCUCUUAUGGAAGGAGAUUCUCUGCCGAUGUGUGGAACUGCAAGAUGAAUGAUGGACACCUAAAUACCACUGGGUUUGCUUACCAGCCCCUAGGCUUCAGUGAAUCUGUCAAAUUCUCAGAGGUCUUGCAAGGUCAAGAAAUGUCUCAGGUGGCAGCCCCUUCCUUCAUGAGAGAUGCUUUCAGUGCUGGCACACAGAAUGGCAGGGUUCGAUCAUUUGAUUAUGUGCAGAGAUCAGCUGCAACUCAAGGAUAUGCUCUCCAGCAAUUUAAUCUGCCAGCAACAGAAGUGCAUUCACCGUCUUCUGUUCUUAUGUUUAACCAAACCAUGGUACCACAGCCUGAGUUAGAUGGUCUGACCAACCGUGAAGAAGCAUAUGGCAGCGGGUACUCAUCCAUUGCAAUACAGAGAGAAGCUGAACCAUGGCCAUCCACGCAGCAGCAAAGAGUGCGCGAAAAUGGAAGCGAGCCUCUCGACACAACUGAAGCCUCAGCUCCUGCAAGGAUCGCAAAAUCUGGAUCGGUGGACAGGGGCGUCGGGGGAAGCAGCUGUAAGCUUUUUGGUUUCUCCUUGACUGAGAAGAUCCUUGGAACAGAGGGAGUUGGUGGGAAAGAAGGGAACUACGAAGCGGAUCGGCAGACUCCCCGGGUUCUAGACUUGCUUGGGCACGGCCAUUCUACGCCCGGUGCUCUGCAUGCUCUUUGCGCUGCUCCCUUGGGAAUAUGAUGCUGUUGUGCUUAGUUUUAUAGUAGUUAGAUUUAUGUAAUCCUUCAGUCAUUUUCAUCGCGUUGGACUUGACCAAUAUGUCCAGCGUAUGACUUCCAGUUUUAAUUGUAUGCUGAUGCUACAUAUCCUUUCUUAAGAUCCAUGCAUGCGAUUUCUGGGAGAGGCAUGCGUGAUACUGGCAAA